UAAGAGAUGGAGCUGAAAGGCUUUGAAGGGCUACGUAAAGAGCGCUUCGUUUGGCGGAAAGCCACUGUACGUGUGGACCAGAGAAACCACAAUGUGCCUUUCUUAACGUGCGCUUUUGAGCCCACCUUGUGCUUCAGACGAUCACCCCGGAAUGACCCUGUGUUCCAGUGUUCACGGAUCCUCCAUCUCCCUUGAAAACCAAGAGGCCGCGCUGGCGGAUUCCUAGCAAAAUCCCUCGCUGGCCAUCCUACCUUCCCCCAACCCCAACCUUCCUUCCGCGCUUGGGCCAUUUGUGGGUCAUCCAAGGCCGGGCAGGCAAGAUCGGGCAGCCCGGCUGCGCCCGGCCAGGCAAAACCACUGCCCAGCUGUCGCUAGAGGGAGGCAUGGUACAGAGAGACGGCAGGAGAAGGAGGCGGCGGCAGCAGCAGCCAGGAAAGCGGCUGCUGCUGGAGGAAGAGAGGGCAGGAAAGAGAAGCUUGACCCGGCGCUUGCCCAGGCUUCUUGGAUCCGAGCUGUAAGGGAGCGGUGGCGGGAGCAGCGCCUCCACCGAAACUUCGCGUCCCCCGGGAGGAAUAACAGCCGUCGAGCAAGUGGCGCCUGGAAAGGGCAGCCCGACCCGUCCUCGCCAAUCCUGCUUCCCUUCGCUCCGCUUUCAUUCUUCCCCUGCCCUGGGGAGCUGCACCUCCCGCCUUCCUCGGCUGGUCUGUGGUUUCCCUUGCUGGACGGCUCUCGCCGUGUAGCCAGCUGGGUCGGCAGGAUCGCCCAAAGGUAGGGAGGGAGGGGGGCGAUCGGAGGAGAAGCCCGCCUCUGCCUGCCUGCCUGCCUGCCUGCCUGCCUUCCCCUCCCUCCCCCCGCCAGCCAGGCAGCCGGGGAAGUACGAGGAAACCUGGCGGGAGCGCGACAGGGACGCGCCCGGAGGAGGAGAAGCGCCUCUGCCCUCCCAUCUCGCCGCCUUCCCGCCCCCCUCCCUGCCCCGCUUUUCCUCCUUCCCUUCCUGCCAGGCGCCAGCAGCAGCAACAGCAGCCAGCCGGGCUCAUGAUGGCUUCAACCACCACCUGCACCCGCUUCACCGACGAGUAUCAGCUCUUCGAGGAGCUGGGGAAGGGGGCGUUCUCGGUGGUGAGAAGAUGUAUGAAAAUCACUACGGGACAAGAAUAUGCUGCCAAAAUCAUCAACACUAAAAAGCUGUCAGCAAGGGAUCACCAGAAAUUGGAAAGAGAAGCUAGAAUCUGCCGCCUCUUGAAGCACCCAAACAUUGUGCGACUUCAUGACAGCAUAUCAGAAGAAGGUUUCCAUUACUUAGUCUUUGAUUUAGUCACUGGAGGUGAACUGUUUGAGGACAUUGUUGCAAGGGAGUAUUACAGUGAAGCAGAUGCAAGUCAUUGCAUUCAGCAGAUCCUGGAGGCUGUGCUCCACUGCCAUCAGAUGGGUGUAGUCCAUCGGGACUUGAAGCCCGAAAACUUGCUUCUAGCGAGCAAGUCCAAAGGAGCAGCUGUAAAACUGGCAGACUUUGGAUUGGCUAUAGAAGUGCAAGGUGAACAGCAGGCCUGGUUUGGUUUUGCUGGUACACCAGGAUACCUUUCCCCAGAGGUGCUACGAAAAGAUCCUUAUGGAAAGCCAGUGGACAUGUGGGCAUGUGGUGUUAUUCUCUACAUUCUUUUGGUGGGAUACCCUCCAUUUUGGGAUGAAGAUCAACACAGACUCUACCAACAAAUCAAGGCUGGUGCUUAUGAUUUUCCUUCACCUGAAUGGGACACGGUGACCCCAGAAGCCAAAGACCUUAUCAACAAAAUGCUUACUAUCAACCCUGCCAAACGUAUCAAUGCAACAGAGGCCCUCAAACAUCCAUGGAUCUGUCAACGUUCUACUGUUGCUUCCAUGAUGCACAGACAGGAGACUGUAGACUGCCUGAAGAAAUUCAAUGCAAGAAGGAAACUUAAGGGGGCCAUUUUGACAACUAUGCUGGCUACAAGAAACUUUUCAGCAGCCAAGAGUUUACUGAAGAAACCAGAUGGAGUGAAGAAAAGGAAGUCCAGUUCGAGUGUUCAGAUGAUGAUAAACAACAAAACCAACGUGGUAACCAGCCCCAAAGAAAAUAUUCCUACCCCGGCGCUGGAGCCCCAAACUACCGUAAUCCACAACCCAGAUGGAAAUAAGGAAUCAACAGAGAGCUCCAACACAACCAUUGAAGAUGAAGAUGUAAAAGCUCGUAAGCAGGAGAUUAUCAAGGUUACUGAGCAGUUGAUUGAAGCUAUCAAUAAUGGGGAUUUUGAAGCCUAUACGAAGAUUUGUGACCCAGGCCUUACCUCAUUUGAACCAGAAGCUUUGGGAAAUCUUGUAGAGGGUAUGGAUUUCCACCGGUUUUACUUUGAGAAUGCUUUGUCUAAGAGCAACAAGCCAAUCCACACCAUUAUUCUGAAUCCUCAUGUCCACCUUGUGGGUGAUGACGCUGCCUGCAUUGCAUAUAUACGGUUGACACAAUACAUGGAUGGAAGUGGAAUGCCAAAGACGAUGCAGUCUGAAGAGACACGAGUCUGGCACCGACGUGAUGGAAAAUGGCAAAAUGUUCACUUUCACCGUUCAGGAUCACCAACAGUACCUAUCAACUAAAUGUCCGUGGUGCCAUGUUUGCAUCUUCUGUACUCUGCACUCAGUUGGCUACCAUCUGGGCUACCCCAUUGUCCUCUUCAUGCAUGUUUUUUGAGUGCAUGAAGCUGUGGAGUUUCUACAUGUGAUCCAUUUAUGAUGAAUCAUUUUGUUAUAUAUUCCAUUGGUAUCUUUGGUUUACACUUCUGUGGAGGGGAUGUUCCAUACAAUUUAAAAUGGUAAAAUAAGACAGGAAGGUGGGGGGGGGAUCAAAAUGUGAGAAUAUAAACAGAGUAUAUCUCUCAUGCCAAAAUAUCAUCACACACACAACUUAUGAAAAUGAAGGGUUUUGUUUUUAAGUAUCAUUUUCUGUUUGUUUUCUGGCUGACAUUUAAGAAGACUAUUGCUUUGGACAUAGUCAAAAUAUUGAAAUCCCUACAAACAGCAGCUUUGCUGUUACAGGAUGUAUGGGUAGAAAUACUGGUAUGGACAGAAGCCUUUCAGUGGGCAUGAGGUGAGGAAACCCAUUUUAGCUUUGUAUGAGCAGGGGGAAAAAAGGCAUAAUUUACUAGCUGGACUCAGUAAAAUGAUCUGUCACUGUUGUCCAACCAUAGCUUUGUUUUAACUGCAAAAAAAAAUAACUCUUCUAGUUUGAAAGCUGAUCAGCGAACAGGUACAAAAUGGUUUUUGAUGAGUAAAAUGAAGGGUAAAAUAAAUAAUUUUUUAUCAUUUUCUGGAUGUACAGUUCCAUAUAUUAAAGCAAGCUGUAGAUGAGGUUUUUUUUUUAAUUGAUGCACUAGUCAAGGUGUGUGGUAACUUAGGACAGUUAGGCCUUAACAGCUUAGGGUCAAGAGUUUACUUGUCUACAUUUUGUUUAUAGCAAUUUCUUACCUGACAAAAAUAAACUACCAGGAAGACAUCAAUUUUUAAAUAGUACUGUCACAGUUCUACCACAAUACCUUUAUCCAUUUUCUCAUGGCUUAUAAACCUCCUUGAACAGCGUGGAAUAAAAUAAUCAUAGCCGCUUUAUUAACUCUUUUGUUCCAUUGUUGCAUAUAUUAUACCUGUAAAAUUAGCAGGAAAUAUAUUCAAUGUUGAUUUAGAACAGAUUGCGCAAUUGCUGUUUGAUUACUUCUGUUGUGUUAAUGUAUAAAUGAUAUUCCCGCAAGCAUUUGGUCCUAUAGGUUUUUAACAAAAAUAGAGGGCUUUUUUAAAAAGAUUUUUAUUUGAUUGUUCACUCUGGUUAACAGUGGAACUAAAAGUUUUCUGUAACAUUGUAUAGCGCAUGAUAUUUUGAUCAAUGUUCUUUUUAGUAACUAAAAUGUACAACUUGCAGCAACCUGACAUUUUUCAAGCAGAGAGAAAAUUUUCCCAAUUUAUAUAACUUCCAAGUCUCUGCGUUGGUUGUUGAUCAAAAGCAGAACUUAUUCUGUACACUCUGAUGUAGUAAGCAUAUGUUAACGGGUUAAGGGAAACUGAAUCUUUUCAGGUGAUGUUUAAUACAUCUUUUCAUCCCGCUGAAAUAUUUUUAGCAAGCAUCUACAAUAAACGUCUUGAGCCAUAUUAACCUGCCAAUGAGAUCUGUGAAAAGCAACGGCCUCAUGCAUUUUGUUUUUUAAAAAAACUAACUAUUUUAUUUUUUUGUGAAGCGGUUUUAAGCGGUAUAGCUGUAUUUUACAUUUAACAAACAUUAGGUGUGGAAGAGUUUUUUAAAAACACUUUUACCAUAGCAUGUGGUGUUGCCAUAUUACUCUAGGUCAAGUCUGUUUUUCACACUGAGAUGUGAGAAAAGUCAUGUGAGUAGCUUUCUAUGUUCUAACUGAAUUAUACACCUAACCCUUUGUCAUUUCAAAACACCACAAUUUAUCAUGGGACACAGUGUGUGUGUGUAUAUAUAUAUAUAUAUAUUUCUUGCCAUAAUGGUAAAGAACUGACUGAUAUAUUUAAGAAUUAAUAAAUUUGUGAUUUCUGCUGAAA